AUGUUAUCGAUAUUAACCACACGAAGUUCAUUUUAUAAAUAUUUGAAGUCCCUGCUAAUUAAGAAUACUGAUUUGUUCUUCAAACAAACCAAUUUCGUUGAAGAAUCAAAACGAAACAAGUUUGAAACAUUGAUUGAAAUAUUUCCAAGCUCUUUUCAAGAGAAUUUGUUGACAAUUUCUUUUACUUGUUCCUCGUUCACUUUUGAGAUUUGUGGUGCUGGUGAAUACGUAAGACCGAAUCUGAGGUUGGAUAAAGCGAAGAGCGACACGGAAAAAUAA